GUAAUUAUAAGAAUGUUGUCAUGUAUGACUUUAAGCCCCUGGUAGAAGGAUGGGAUGUGACGCUAUCAUUGUAUUUUUUUCUUUUUCAAAUAAUGUAUUUAUAUUUCAUGACCCUGUUUUUAAAAGUACUUGUUUAUGAUACAAAAUAUUUCUUGUUUUUGCAGAAGUGGUUCUUUGUAUCUCAUACUUAAAUGGGAGAACUUUCAUGGUCAUAAAUCUCUAUCAUGACCAUAAUUAAAGUGAAACAUCAGAAGAAAUGCUAUCUAAAUCCAUCUGUAAAUACUAAAUACCAUUUUGUUCUCCAGCUUAGGCUGAGUCCCAUCAUCACAUGCCAUUAAAGCUUGAUGUUCCUCCAUUAUAGUGGUUGUGGAUCCUUAUGUGAGGAGUGUCUCUGAGUGUCUUCAAAAUAUUGUGCUUGUGGGGGCAAGAAAGUAAGGAUCUAGUGAGAUGGGGAAACUCAGUUUUGGCAGGGUGUUAGAUUGUUUUUGUCUUUCUUCGGGAUCGACCUCUUGUUUCUGCAUCAACUCCUUGGAAGCCCAAGAUGAGUUUGAGAGAAAGCCAUUGAUUGUCAGUGAUGAUGAUAGGCAGCUGGUCAGACUGAAGGAUGUUAUUGCUGAGAAGCAGACCCUGGCUUUUCAGUUAAAGCCUAAGAUGGUGGUGCUAAGGGUGUCCAUGCACUGCAAUGGUUGUGCAAGAAAAGUUGAGAAGCAUAUCUCGAAGAUGGAAGGAGUGACCUCCUACCAAGUGGACCUAGAAAGCAAGAUGGUGGUGGUUGUUGGAGACAUUGUCCCCUUAGAAGUGUUGGAGAGUGUCUCUAAAGUGAAGGUUGCAGAGCUUUGGAAGACCCCAUGAUUUGAGAAAACAAACACCCAUCUCAAUGCUUUAGCCACCCCCACAAAGGCCAAAUUGAAAAAAUAUAUACUUUUUUACUAUUUAUUCACCCUAUAUUUGAACAAUAUACUACUACAUUUUCAAGGUCCUAUCUUGUGUUGAAACAGAAAAAGAGCAAAUUUUCAGGUCUCUCUGUGUGAAGCUUGAACUAGAACCAUAUGUAACUCUUGGCAACUACCCCUUAUAUUAUUGUACUUUUAUUUGGUGAAAUGUAUAUGAAAAAAUUGAAGUAUUAGCAAGUUUGAUAAA